UUAACCACAAGACGAGUCUAACAGUUCUUGUUCACAAGAACCCUACCGCCCCCCAAUUUACUCUUACAAGAACAUGUUUACGAAAAUGAGAACACCUUUGCUUUUCGUUGUCUUAGUCCUCAUGGCAGCAGCUGUCAAUGCCGGGGCCAAAGAGGAGAAGAAUCAAGUCGAGCAAAACAGUGAUAAGAAGCAAACCAAGCGUGGUCUUCUUGGAAUAGGUUACGGUUACGGUCCUGAAAUCGACCACGGUUACAGUUUAGGUUCAGGUUCAGGUGGUUACGGAGGUUUCGGUUUGGAAAGUGGAUUCGGCUUCAGCGGCUACGGAGGUCACGGACAUGCGAUCGAUUUAGGAAGCAGCGCCCACGUUGAGAAAACGAUCACUCACGUUAAGGGAGUGCCCCUUCCUUACCCAGUUGAAAAGCUCGUCCCUUACCCCGUCGAAAAGCAUGUCCCAUAUCCCGUUAAAGUUGCCGUCCCUGCCCCAUACCCCGUUGAGAAACACAUUCCCUACCCAGUCAAAGUACCUGUGAAGGUUGCAGUACCAUACCCACAACCGUACCCGGUUGAGAAACACAUUCCGUACCCUGUCAAAGUCCCAGUUGAUAGGCCUUACCCCGUUAAAGUUUUGGUACCUCAGCCUUACCCUGUUGAAAAGCCAGUACCAUACCCAGUAAAAGUACCGGUACCCCAACCGUACCCAGUUGAGAAACACAUUCAUGUCCCUGUGAAAGUACCCGUGCACGUUCCUGCCCCAUACCCAGUCGAAAAGAAGGUCCCAUACCCAGUCAAAGUAUACGUUGACAGGCCAUAUCCGGUUCAUGUGCCACAACCUUACCCAGUCCAUGUAGAAAAGAAAAUCGCCGUGCCUGUUGACAGGCCUGUACCUUAUCCAGUUAAAGUACCAGUAGACAGGCCCGUUCCCUACCCAGUAGAAAAACCAUACCCCGUUGAAGUCAAAGUACCAGUGCCACAACCUUACCCAGUAGAAAAACCGGUAGCAGUACCAGUUGAAAAACACGUUCCAUAUCCAGUUAAAGUAUUUGUAGAAAGGCCUGUACCUUAUCCUGUCGAAAAACCGGUACCUUACGAGGUCGAGAGACCCGUGCCAGUGCCAGUAAAGGUACCCGUACCAGUUCAUGUACACCAUGAACACGACCAUCACCACGGUGGAUACCACUACUAAUCUAACAAAAUGAACUAAAUGUGAUCCACAACUAGUGCGCUUUUUUGUCAACAGUAUAAUUAUUUAUAACAUUCUUUUGUUUGUGUACGAGACACGUUGUAUUUUAUUGUACAUUCUCAACCUUAAUUUAUAAUUGUAAUAGAAAUAAAUAAUUUGUUUUGUAA